AUGGGUGACAAUUUAGUCUAUGCAGUUCGUGGAAGCAAUGGCGUUUCCAUGAGAAGAGGUUUCGCAACCGACUCUAGUGUGUUGUUCGAAGAUAACGGAUCGCCGAAAGAGAAUCCUUGUUCAGUUUUUCAGUUCAGCAAUGGUGGUCAUAUUUUCGCUUACUGUGAUUCGAGGAGAACACGUGCUUUCGAAGUGGCUGGUGGAAAAGAAUUAGUGAAUGUUGAUCUCAAAAGGACAAGACGUAUUCUUUUCACUCCUCGGGAUUCGCACAUAGUCACAUAUGAGCCGUAUGUCGUAUAUGGACCAAAGACGUCACCAGCUCAGAAGCCCGAACCUAACCUGCGAGUUUUCAGCGUAGCGGAUGGCAAGCAAGUGGCAGAAUUAGUUGCUUCAAAGGAGGAUACGUGGAUGCCGCAGUUUGCUGAUGAUGAAAGCAUUGCAGUGCGACUAGUUGGAAGUGAAUUACUCAUACACAAAGGAUGUCAUUUUGGUACUUUGGCUCGAUUUGUCCGUCCAAAAUUCAUCGUUUUAAUACCUAUACUCCUCCAUUUUUUUCUAAUUUCAGGGAAAUAUGACCGGAAACUUGCUGUGCAAAAUGUCAAAGUUUUUGCCGUCAGUCCAGGACAAGCACCGCUACAUGUUGCAUGUUACAGCCCUUCUUCCGGUUCUACGCCAGGUCGUGUUCAAAUCCGUAGCUUGGAUCUCCCUUUCACGGUAGUUACUGCGAAAAACUUCUUCAAAACUGAGAGGGCCACUAUGCAGUGGAACGCCAAAGGAACGGCUGUGCUCGUGUUGUCUAGCACCGAUGUGGACGCUUCAAACCAGUCAUACUAUGGAGAGCAACAUGUUUACCUCCUGAACCUAAGUUCUGGCGAGUCAUUCAAAGUUCACUUGCCAAAGACUGGUCCAGUGCAUGCUGCAAAAUGGAGUCCAAAUGGAAGAGAAUUUUGUGUUUGCUACGGUUUUAUGCCAGCUAAGGCGAGCAUAUAUAAUCUUCGAGGAGACGAAAUCUUUCACACAGAUGAAGGCCCACGCAAUGACUGUUUUUACAAUGCUUUUGGUAACAUAUUGCUGACUUGCGGUUUCGGCAAUUUGGGAAAAGGGAAAAUGGAGUUUUGGGAUGCAGAGAAAAAGAAGCUGAUUGUUUCAAUCGAAGUUCCAAAUACUACUCUAUUUGAGUGGGCUCCUGAUGGGCAACACUUUGUUACUGCCACCACUACGCCUCGUCUCCGAAUAGACAAUGGGUUCAGGAUAUGGCACUAUUCCGGAAAGUUAGUGAAGGAAGUCAAGUAUGAUUCCUCAAAUGAAGAGCUAUGGGAGGUAAAGUUCCGGCCGAUGUCUAGCUAUAACAAAUUUGAAGUGAAGGAGCUUACAAAAGCUGAACUCGAGGGCGCAGGUUUAGUGAAGCAGGUUUCCUCAAAUAAUGGUGAUACGAAAUCAAUCAAGGCAGUCAGAUCUGAUACAGCAUAUGUUCCACCGCAUCUGCGUAAAGACAACCAAACCGCUGGUGGAGAGUCAAACCAUGUGAAGAUGACUGAGACCGAGAAGAAAGCAUUUGUCAUCAAGAAGAAGCUAAGAGACGUUGGAACACUUAAGGCUCGUCUCGCCAAGGGAGAAGAACUGCAGCAGAGUCAAUUAGACAAAAUAGCGAGAGAAUCCGAGUUCCUUGCCCAGCUGGCAGCAGCUUGA